AUGGCUCCCGCCGCCCUGCUGCAGGCCCCUCCCCCCGACGACUGCGCAGGCGCCGAGACCCGCCAGGCCGCGAUUAAGCCCCGGCCUCGCGUAGCGUCGCCUGCCGGGCAUGGCUCUCUUCCCGCGGGCGGCGGCGCCACGGCAGCCCCCGGCUUUUGGCUCGGCCGGGCCGGAGGGAUACCGAGGGCGACCCUUGCCCGCCCCGAAACUUUGAGUACCCGUCCUCGCUACUGCCCGCAGUGCUCCGAGUUCGAGGGUGCCAGCCCCAACCGGUCCGGCCCCAGCAGCCCGGCAGACUGGCCUAGCCCGACUGAGAUCUACAAGGCUGCCAACCUCACUGUUUUUGCUAGCGACCCUCAACAGCCCGGGUGGCCAGCGUGUCUGGAUUUUCACUUCACCCGUGGCAGCCAGGGUGCCAGUCAUUGGCAUGGUCUUCUGCAGGGACGUACCCUUUUCCUGGACACCCCUCGGCUGGCGCUGGAUUUCAACAGCCGGGAAAGCUUGACCGCCACGCUGGAAUACAUCGAAGAAAAAACGGGCGCAGAGCAGGUGCUGGUCAACUUCCGUAAGGCUCGGCGAGACCGAGGCAACUUGCUACGAGCUUUCGGCUUCCUGGGUUUCGAACUCGUGACCCCCGACCACCCCGGCCUGCCCCCCUGGGAAGACACCAUCUUCAUGGCUUAUCCCUUGGAACGCGAUCUCGGCUGGAACCCCCAACGAAAGCAAGAAUGACGCUCGUGGGGCCCGGAGGCAGGAAAGGCUGGUGCCGAUGGGGGAAACCUCCGCCCCCCCCCCCCCCCCCGGUUCGGAGCAGUGUGAUUUCAGAGCCCCCCCCCAAAAAAGGCAUUAAAGUGGCAUGAAAGCGUA